AGCCCGAGCAGCAGGCUGUCAGUCGCAGUUUGAAAGUCUCCGCUUGCCUCUCAGCACCCGAGCGGGCAGCUAUGUGACAGAGCGGCCGCCGCUUCAUCCCCGACCUCCCGCCGGUCCGCUCAGGAUGGAUCAGAGGAGAGCGGAACCGGACCGCAACUACAGCGUCAGCCCGGUGUCGCUGUACGGGGAAUUCACCCUCACGGGUAACCGAAAAGUCCGGUGCGCCGUGAGCUUGACCGAGAGGGACCUGGUUGUCCAGAGGCUCACCUCGGCACCUGCCGGGCGGAGCAAGGCGGCGCUCAGCCUGAAGGACUGCGUCGGAUGCCGGGCUUACCGGGCGGAGGACAACGCGGACCCGGCCGCGUACCUAGCUGUCUACUUCUACCCGCUCACGCGGCGCUGGAUGAGCCCCGGGGGGUCGCGGCACAGAGCGGAGCACUGCUUCCGCGUGGCCGCGCUGCAGGACCCGCGCGCCAACCUGGACGAGGCUGAGAAGUGGGCUCGCGCCGUCCGGGAGCGCGCAGCACGGCAGCAGUCCUCAAGGAGCGACGGGGGGGCGAUGAGCGUGUUGUCUCGUCCGAGCCGGAUGAUGCUGCUAGUGAACCCUCAGAGCGGCAAAGGACAGGCGCUCACUCUCUACAACAACCACAUCCAGCGAAUGCUCAACGAGGCGGGAGUCACACACACUCUGGUCAUCACCGAGCGGCAGAACCAUGCAAGAGAGCUGGUGAAGGAGGCCGACCUGUCACAGUACGCUUUAGUCAUCAUGUCUGGAGAUGGACUUCUCUUUGAGGUGAUAAAUGGUCUGCUGGAGAGAGCAGACUGGGAGGAGGCCAUCCGGACGCCGAUGGGUAUUCUACCUGGCGGAUCGGGCAACGGGUUGGCUGCAUCCGUACAUCACUAUUCUGGAGCCUCGCUGGUGUCCACCGAGGAGCUGCUGGUCAGCUGCGGGUUCCUGCUGUGUCAAGGGCUCGUGGCCCGCAUGGACCUGGUCUCCAUCCAUCUCUCCUCCGGCCCUCGUCUCUUCUCCUUCCUGUCGAUGGCCUGGGGCUUCGUGGCCGACGUGGACAUCGAAAGCGAGAAGUACCGACACGCCGGGGCCGCCCGGUUCACCGUGGGCACGCUGGUGCGGCUGGCGUCUCUGCGCGUGUACCGGGGCCGGCUGGCCUACCUGCCCGCCUCCGAGGACGACCUCAGCCAGGUGGAGGGCUCGCGCAACGACGUGACGCUGCGUUGCAGCGGCCAGGCCUCUUCCUCCUCCUCCUCCUCCUCCUCGGACCCGUCCAGAGCCUCGCCCCGCCUGAACACCUUCCACAACUCCUGCCACUCCAACAACUCCCGCAAGGCGAGGAGGAAAGAGGGCGCGCCUCGCCGAAGCGCCUCCGGGGCCCUCGGCGGCCCACCGGACUCCCUGCUGCCGCCUCUGGACCAGCCGCUGCCCGGCGACUGGGUGGUGGCGCCGGAGGAAGACUUUGUCCUCAUGCUGGCCAUGUACCAGUCCCACCUGGCGGAGGACCUGCUGGCGGCGCCGGACGCCACCCCGGACGACGGGGUCAUCCACCUAUUCUACGUCAGAGCGGGAAUAUCCCGCGGCGCGCUGCUGAAGCUGUUCCUGGCCAUGGAGAAGGGGGCGCACGUGGGGACCUGCUGUCAGCACAUGGUGCACGCCAAGGUGCGGGCCCUCAGGCUGGAGCCGCUCUCUCCCAAAGGGAUAAUAACGGUGGACGGAGAGGUGGUGGAGUACGGGCCGGUGCAGGCGGAGGUGCACAGGGGGCUGGGGAGGUUGAUCACUGGAUGAACAAACGCCCCCCCCCCCGCAGCUUCCAGCGAGAGGCGUGUUAAAUCAGAGCCCGGCUCA